CGUUGCGAACUAGCCGAUUCCUUGGCGUGAGGAGGGCGGCGGAGCGGACUGCUUCCUAGAAUUCCGCUACUUAGUCAAACUGUGGCCGGCGAUAAGAUUUUCCGAUUAGAUUUUCCGAACGCAAUGCAAACAGUGCAAACUAAAUAUGACAUCGCGUUGAUUUGCGGCCUGGUGGGCUGUUGAAUGUGUGCAUCGCUCCUCAAUGGCUACUCCCGCCAAAGCACAGAGUAGCAAAGAUGCGCCGACCAACCCUCGAGGCAUCCCAUAUGCACCGUUCGUCGACAAGGUCGAGGACUAUGUUGCCUCACGCGAGGAAGUCGAGAGCACCCUCAAGAGCUUCCAAGAGAUGAUCUCGAAAUACCAGUUCAUGGAGGUCAACACCCAGAGGCGCGCUGCGGGGCUCAAGGACAAAAUCCCAGAUAUCUCGAAGACGCUUGAUACGGUCCGGUUCUUGAAGACACGAAAGGCGGACUCGGAUCCCCUCGAGACCACUUUCGAGUUGAACGAUACGUUGUUCGCAAAGGCGCUCGUCCCGCCGACAGAGGAGGUGUAUCUAUGGCUUGGGGCAAAUGUCAUGCUUGCCUAUCCCAUCCCCGAAGCAGAAGAGCUUCUCAAGUCUAAACUUUCCGCGGCGAAAUUGAGCUUAGAGAACUGUGACGAGGAUCAGGAUUUCCUGAGAGAGCAGAUUACGACGUUGGAGGUUGCCACGGCGAGAGUAUACAAUUGGGACGUUGCUCAGAGACGAAAGGAGCGUACAGAGCACGAAGGAUCAAUAGCGGGACCGAAGGCGGCAUCGCCCAACGGCUAAUGAGUUUCAUGGGUCCGGUCAGGCGACAGGUCUUCUAUAGCACGCGGCGCUCCGAACAGCUCCACAGGUAACUACUUUCUUCUCGGAUAAGCACACCAUCAAAUGAAAGAUCCCAAGAGUUCUCCAACUGCUAAUCGCUUGCCUCCG